GUAUAUGGAAAGGCAGGCUUGAAGGCUGUCAGAAUGUCAGAGCUAGGCUGUGAUACUUGGAGAGUGACAGACAUGUUACAGGACACCACUAUUUCUGUUUACGUCUACUUUAUACUCGUACAUGUGUCUGCAUCCUUUUGAACAGGUAUAUUUAAUUAGCCGGUAAAGAUUGGAGUAACUGUGUUGAAGUGACUCGUACAUUUACUGCAUCUGCGUGAAGUUAUUUAUCUAAAGAGGCGUAAAGCACGAAUUAUUGAUACCAGGAUGAAGUUGUACCGGGAUUUGUUGGUCCUUAUGAUGUGUGGCCUUGGAAUCGCCUCUGCUCUUUCACCGUCCUCGUUCGUGGAGAGCCUCUCAGCCCGUGGAUCCUUCUCUGACGCACACACCCUGGCUAAGCGCCAGGCCGGACCUCUGGGAACCUCGAUAUUUUUCAAGUACCUCUGGGUGAGCCAGUGUGGGUACGCGCCGGUCUAUAACCCUGACGAGAUAAGCAUCCAAGUAUCCAGUACGCUGUCUGUACCUAAUAACUUAUUGGACAAGGCCGCCCGAUUGGUGUACCUGUUGACCCGCUUUAUGCCCCGCCCACUUUUCCGGGCGCUCAGUCAGAAUAUGUCAGUGGGCGUGUUUGUCCACAGACAGGACCUGCCCAGUGCAUUCCCAGAAUACACGGCAAAAGCGGACACUCCGCAGUGUGCUGGUCGUUGUGAUGCCGAGUGUAGCCAGACUUGCAUAGAAACCGGCGACAAGUUUGACACCCAGUGGGUCUACGGUGGCCCCCGGGUUUUAGUUGCCUCCCAGAACCUCAACUGUGACCGGGACCUGUUCAACGAUCCCCAGUUUGGUCUGCUGAAUCUGCUCGUAUCUGAGAUAUGCCAAAUCACCGGGAAUCUCUUACCGCCAGGAACCUCACAAGCGUUGUACCAAAGUUACCAGACCGCCCUUGACACCAAUAUCUGGGUCAGCUCUACAGCCAUGCGCAGCGCCUCCGACUAUUUCCUGCAGGCGUCGCUCACGUGGUUUGCUUCCACACGAUUGACAGAUUUAACAACAGGUGGGAUGAAUAUCUGUGGAGAACAACCUUGCUCUACAGAAAUCGAUUCCCGGAAAAGGAUUGAAGAGUUAGACCCAGGCUUGUAUGACGUCAUGAACGAAGUUUACAACAAUGGACGUCGUUAUAUUAGAGGAGGAAUAACCGUGUGUCGAUGGUAGAGCCUGGUUUGCAAAAAAACUUGUUCGACUAAAAAUUAUGCAUCAAAUAGGUCACCACGGCUUUAAGUUGAAAACACUUAUGUUGCUUACUGUUUUCGUCUGUCGAUUUAUCUCGCGGCAAGCACAACGUCGAUAGAUUAUUUCCUAGACCCGAAAUUCCUUGGUGACAUUUGACAGUUGCAGGUAACAGGUUUUUAAAUGGAGCGCACUCUGACAUUGGUUUGUGACCAUUCUUGGCUGAACAAAAUUUCAGAGCAAUCUCGGACUAGUUUGGUCUAGACUCUUAAAGAUCGUAAACGAAAAGGGUCGUGAAAGAAGUUUGUAUCUUGCGUGAUACUAAGUUGUUGUUUAUAUUUUUUAGAGUUCAGACGAACAUUAAGCGGUUUACAUGACCACGUAGGCUUACUUCCGGUUACUUGACGACAUAUGCUUUGUAGUGCUGUUUCAUACGAGAACCAUGAACUGACCACUAAAUCUGACACCAUGGAACUAUGGUGACACCGACAUGUAUAUGUAUAUUGCUUCAGUGUCAUUUGUACUCGGAACUAAAAUCUAUC